UGAUACUAAUGAUGUGUACUAUAGUUAUCGGUGCGAAAGUUAUAGAAUUAUCACAAUUUAAGCCAAAAAUCACUAAAGAUUGCACUGAAGACACCACUGAAGACGUGACUGAAGACACCACAGAAUAUACAACUGAAAACACAUCUGAGGACUCAACUGAAAAUACCUCUGAAGAUUGCACUGAAGACACCACUGAUGACAGUACCACUGAAGAUACCAGUGAUGACACCUCUGAAGAAACUACUACUGAAAGCACGACUAAAAAUACGACACCAGAUACGGAUGUUGAAGAGUUGGUGAAAUGUAUGGAAAGCAACUUAGAGGCCAUCAAUAAGUGUGGUAUGGAUUGGGAACACAAUUGGGAUCAAAACCAAAAGAAAACCGCGAGUUAUAGGAAGAUACGGAUGUGUUGUCAUAAUUGGGCUCUUUUUGACUGCUUUCAAAAGGUGGCAAAAGCUGAAUGUGAUCUAAACGUGGAUUGGGAUGAACUACUGGAGCUAUACAAAGAAGGUAUGGACAGCGAUACUCAGAAAAAGUGUAUGAAAGCGCCGUACGGCUCUAGAAAAUGCCGAAUCCCCGGAGGUAAUGAUCAAAACAAACGUAAAUCUAUUAAACCAUCGGUUGUCAUACGUGAUUAAAUUGUUAUUAUUGACUAUACAAUUU